AUUUUUCUUCAAUCUAAUCAAAAUUUCUUUUUUUAAAUAAAAUAUUCAAAAAAAUUAAAAAUCCAAGAUUAAUUGUUUGUUUUUUUGUUAAUUUAUUUUGGAAAAUAAAUAGUUCUGCAAAUUAAUAAGUAAGUAGGUAGAUAGGUACAUUCAGAAUUAGCAUAACCACAAUUCAAUAUUUAGCAUAUUAUGGGAGAUUAGUCUUAGUCUUAAGAUAGAAGCUUUUAGAGUAUGAUGAACCCUAAUAGCUUUAAUAUAAAUUAAGGAUUUCCUCAGCAAAUGAUGAAUUUAGAUAACAGCAUGAUGAGUGCUGGAGGAGGAAAUAAUUAAGCAACAUCUUAAAUGUUUGAUAUGGUUAAUAAUAUGUUUAAAAUGAUGAUGAUGAACUAAAACGGCGGACAAUUUAAUCCAAACGCUCUUCAAAGCAUGAUGAGUUAAUAUACCAGUAAUAUGAAUAACAGCAAUAUAGGAGGAAUGAAUAUGAACAGUGCGAAUAGUUAGCAAAUGGGUGCUAAUUUAUUCUAAAAUAAUAUUUAGCCAUAGUAAUAUCAAUCAUAACAACAACUAUAACCAUAGCUUAAACAAAAUAGCAAUGUUAAUUUAAAUAACACAAUGACUAGAGAAAAUAUCGAUACUGCUUUUAGAAGUAUGGAAGACAGAUUCUUCAAUCAGUAAAAUGACUUACAGAGUUUUUAUGAUAAACUUCAAAAGUCGAAUUAAUCACCAAUAGGGAUUAGCAACAAUCAAUAAAAUAAUAAUAGCUAAAAUCCUAACAUGCUCAAUAAGAAAAGCAAUAAUAUUAUGAAUAAUAAUCCUUAAAUUACUGGAAAUAAUAGCAGUAACUUGUUUGAUCUUUCCGGUUUUUCAGAAUAGUAGCUUUAAUCUAAAUCGGAGUUUGUAGAAUAUGACAAUAACUUUGAUCAAUCUUAAAAUUUCAAUCAUUUUUAGUCUUCCAAUAAGUAGAGCUUUGUUGGAAAUUAAAAUCUUAGAGGAUAGGCUGGCUAGAAUAAGGAAGAAGAUAAUGAUUUAUUUAACAAAAAUUAUAAUUAAAAAGGAAUUAUACCUGGUAACGGAAGGAGCGAAGAUGUUAUGUAUAACACUUACAACUAAGAUAGAAACAUAGGCAAUAUGUAUAAUGAUAGAAAAGCAGUUAAUUUAAAUAAUGAGAGACCAGUUAACCAAAAUAAUAUCAGGAAUAGUCAAAUGCCAAAUAAGUUUGAGGAGAAACCAUACAAUGCAGAAAAUAUAAAUCCAUCAUCUGUAUUGGGGGAUGAUAAUGAAUUCUUAAGAGAUAGCAUCGUAAAUAUGCAUUAAAAUCAAGCAUUGAAUUAAUAUCCAAGAAACUAGUAAAAUGUUAAUAAAAUGAAUAAUUAUGAAAAUGAAUACUAACAAAAAGAAAAAGUAAACCAAAAAUAGUUCAAUUCUAAUGCUCUAUCAGAUAAUGAUUAGCAAUAUUUAAUGAGUAAUUUGAAGGUAAGAGGGAACAAUUAAAAUAAUGAUGAUAGUAAAUUUAAUAGAGGUUAGAUGGAGAAUAUGCAUCCUCCUCUCUCAACUAAAAGUUAAUAUCAAAAUAGACCAUAUGACAUCAAUUAGGAAGAAGAAAUAAAUUAAUAUCUCCCUAUUCAGAGUAAAAAUAGUAGAUAAAAUUUUGUUGAUGACGAGAGACCUAUCAAAGGGGCAAGGAAUUAAACAAAUCCAUAUAAAGAUCAAUUCGAGCAGUAAGAUGAUAGUUUCCCUCCUCAAAAAUAUACUCAAAAUAAAAAUAGUUAAAUAUAGAAUAAAAUAAAUAAUUAUCAAGAAUUAGACCAACCAAUUAAAUCUCAAAAAAACAAUUAUUUCAAUGAUGAAAGACCUAUUUAGUCCUAAAAAAAUAAUUAAAACAAACACUUUAUUGAUGAUGAGGAUGAAAGACCUAUCUAGUCUUCUAAAAAUUAGUUUAAAAAUAAUAAUUAAAUGGGAAACGAAAGCGAACAUCAUCAGUAAAAUUUUAAUACAUCUAGAAGCUUUAAUCCUAUUGAAGAAAUCCCUAUAAAAUCUAAAGCAGGGUUUAGGAAUUUUGAAGAUCUUAUUGAAGAAAAAAUGAGAGAAGAAGGUUAAGAUGAUUUUUAGGAUUACAAUGAUAAUAAUGGGGGAUAAGCAGGAAGCAGAAGAUAAACUUUUUUAAAGAAAGGUUCUAGAACAUUUUUGUCUAACGCAUAAAAGCGCUCAAAGGCAGCACAAAACCACAUUGAAGAAAUAGGCAACCAAUAAAAAGGAGAUGUUAUAGGUGGCAGUGCUAGUGUAACUAAUAUUUAAAAACCUAAAAAAGCCACAUCCAAUAAUUUUAAAUCAGCUUCUUCUCUCUCAAAAAAUGAAGGUUUUGGUGGUUCUAAUCAAAAUAAUUUUAAUGAGAAACCUGUUGGAGGCUCAAAUAAGCUAAAUUAAAUUCACAGCACAGGAGGAUUAGAUAGCUUAAAUUAAAUCUCUUCGAAUGUAGAUAUUACUGACAAAGCAAAUGGUCCUAAAGAAAAAAAGAAAUUUUUGUAAAGAGGUUAAGGCAAAGGAGGUGGCAUACAAGGAUUUAAAAAGGAAGAAUAAGCGAAUACUUAAUCCUCUAGUUAAAUCAAAGAUAUUAAUGAUAAGCCACCAUAAAAUAGCAGCACUAAUUAACAAAAGAAAAAUGAUAAAAAACCAUAGCAGCAGAAGCAAAAAAAAAAUUCAGAUCUUAUUUCUUUAGAUGAUGAAGAUGACUACAAUCCUAGAAACCUCAAGAAAAAGAGAAAGGAAAGUAACGAAGAAUAUGAUAAUAAAGACGAUUUGAAUGAUGAUCAAGAAGAAAAUGAGUUUGGUGGUAAAAAGUACCAGCCUUUUAAGUAUCUACAAGAUAAUUAAGAUGAUAAAGAUGAGGAAGAAAAUGAAUAUGCACAGAAGAUUAAUAAAAAUUCAAGACCUCCAACCAGCUUAGCAAGCAUUUAGAAUAAAGCAGUAAGGAAGGAUAGUGAAGAAAAUAAGAAUAAAAUUCAUAAGAGUGAAGGAGCAUAUCAAUUUGAUGAUGAAGAAGAGUGGGGUGACGAGGAUCAUAACAGAAAAAAUAACCAAAUAAAUAAUAAAAAUAAAUUUAGCAAAAAAGAAGAUGAAAAGAAGAGUAAUAAAUUAAAUAUUCAUGACAGUGAUGCAGGGUCAGAAAAUAAUGAUGAAAAUGAAUUUAGAGAUGACAAAUCAAACAACAACGAUGAUGAAUUCAAUGAUGAUCCAGAUUAAUAAUAUUCUAAGGUGGUUUAAAAAUAUUUUAACAAAAAAGGAAACAAUUAGAAAGGCUCUAAUAGUAAUUAAUAAAAAAUUUCUCCAGGUGGAAUCUCUUUAAAUGAUUUAACUCCUGAAUAAAAGAGAUAGCUCAUUCAAGAAUUUACUAAUGAAUAAAUUGAAAAAUUGGACAGCGAAGUCAGUAAAGUGAAGCUUGAAAAUGAGAGAGUUAAAAGAAUGAGAAGCAAAUACGAAGAUCUUCUUAAAUCUUUUAAUAAAGAAAAAGAGCAAUUUGCUAAGUAAAAAGAGUUAGAAAUCCAAGAAUUAGAAGAAUGGAAAAAAGAAGAAAAAAAGAAGAUUUAAAACGAAAAAAGAAUUGCAGACAGAUAGUAGAAAGCUAUGCAAAAUAUGCCUAACAGAAAGGAAAGAGAAGAAAUAGAAAAUCUAAAGGCGAUGAAUAAGAAAUUGCAAGAAGAAAUUAAAAUAAAAGAUUAAAGAAAUAAACUAACCAUUGAUAGACAAAAGAAACUCAUUGAUGAGCUAACUUAAAAAAACUAAGAGCUUAAAGAUGAGAUAAAGCAUUUAGAGAAUAUGAGAUUAGAUGGAGGUGCUGGCUCUAAUCUAAACAAAUAAAAUAAUCUGAGCAGAACUAGCAGUUCUAAGUAACCACAAAAAGUUCCCACAAAAUCUCCAUUCAAAUCUAAACCAUCUAAAACAAUUGUAGAUGAUGCUUAUUAGAAUGACAUGGAUGAGGAAGAAAGUUUAGGCUAUUCUCAAAACAAUUAAAAAAAUUAGAUGAAAAAAAGUAAUGUAAUGGGAGACUUCUAAAAGAAGAAGAAUAAAUCAAUGAGUUCUAAUUAUGACUAUUAAUAUGAUAAUAACACAGCAAAAUACAACAAUGAAGAUGAUAAUUUUAAAUACGAUUACAACUAUGAUUAAGAUGACAAUUAUGGAGAACAUAACGAUGAAGAUGAAGAUGCUUAGUUUGAAAAUUAUGAGAACUACUAAAGAGAUCCCUCCGUAUCAAAUGCUUCUAAGGGAAGUAAAUAAGGAUAAAAGAAUAAAAUUCAUGCAGAUGUUAGUCAAGAUUAUGAAAACAGCUAUUCAGGUAAAAAAGAAGAAGAAAAUGAAGAUGAACACUUGGAAACUUAUGAAGAUAUUAUAAAUUUUAAUCCUACCAGCCACACUUACAGCGAGAAUAAUAAAAAGUCUAAAAUUGAGACCAAAUAAAGUAUAAAUAUAAAAUAAUAGCACAACUCAGAUGUUCCUACUAGCACUAGCAAUAGAAUGAACUCGAAGAGUAAUUCUAUAAGUAUUUAAAAUGCUAAUAAUAGUGUUGGCAGUACUAAUACCGCCAUGUCUAGUGUUUCUUCUGCUCAUAAAAACGAUAAAAAAAAAUUGGUACAAAAUGAAAAAGAAAAUAAAUAAUAAGUUGUAUAAAAUAGCAACAGCACAUAAUAAAAAUAAUAAAUUUAAUAAAAGCCUCAAAAAUAAUCAGUAAAUUAGUAAAAGUAGUAUAAAUAUGACAUUUCUACUCUAUCUUAAUGCAGAAAUAUUAGCAUUAGAUAAAUUGGAGAUGAAAUAUAAAGAGAACAAUUCCAUUACGAUCAAAACAUAUUUUAUUAAAAUGUCAUUCAAAAUUUAAACAAUCCUUCUCACCCUGUCAGUGAAAACAUUACAAUGGAUGGAAAAAUACAAACUUUUUAUGAAGAUGGCAGGUAAGUUGUUUAGUUUGCUAAUGGAGUUAAGCGUUAAGUUUUUCCAAACGGUUACACUUUAGUCAAUUUUAUCAAUUAAGACGUUAAACAAGUUCUUCCUGAUCAUACAGUUAUUUAUUACUUUGCUGAUGCUCAAACCACUUAAACCACAUUAACAAAUCAUAUAAAUAUUUAUAAUUUCCCAAGUAAUCAAAUAGAAAUUCACUUCCCUUAAGGCAGAAAAGAAAUAAUUUUUGCUGAUGGAACAGAAAAAUAUAUUUAUGAAGAUGGCGAAGAAAAGACAUUCUUUGCAGAUGGAUCUAUUUAAACAGUAGAUGUAAAUAAAGUGAAAAAAAUUCGUUAUAAGAAUGGAAAAGAAGACGUAAUUUAUCCUGAUUAAAACUCAGAAAAUGUGCAUUGA